GUCGCGUUAGAGCUCUUCGCGAUCGCGGGCGGCGUGAACGCGGCGCUGGACUUCUGGAACGUCUUCCUGUUCGCGUUGGCGCAAAACCGCGUCGUCCGAAGGUUGCGCGCGACGCUGUUCGACGUCGUCCUCGCGCAGCCGAUCGCCUUCUUCGACGAGAACUCCUCGGGGUCCAUCGUCUCUCGCCUCACCUCGGACACGACGGAGAUCGCGAGUAACUUGUCGUGGGUGUUCCGAAACGUCACCGAAGCCGUCGUGCGCGUCUUAGGCGCGUUCGUAUUCACACUGGUCCCCAUACGACCGCGCAUCGCGACGUACCUCUUGAUACAAAACCCUCGGCUCGGCGCGGUCGCGUGCGCGGUGAUCCCGGCGACGACGGCGGCGAACCAGCUCUACGGCCGGUGGAUGGCGAGAAACGCGUCGGCGACGCAGGACGCGCUCGCGGCCGCGAACGCCACCGCGCUCGAGGCGAUCGCGUCCGUGCGGACCGUGCGGUCGUUCGCGUGCGAGGCGUUCGAGUCCCGCCGAUACGACGGCGCUUUGGGCGCGUGGUACGAGCUUUGCAACGCGCAAGCGGCGGCGACGGGGAUAUAUUUCAGCGUGAUGUACUCGUUCCUCUCGCAGCUGUGCGUCCCGAUCGCGCUGUUGGGCUACGGCGGCGCGCUCGUGAUGCGAUCGGAGAUGCGCGCGGACACGCUCAUCGCGUUCAUGCUGUACCAAGGGCAGCUCCAGGAGUACGUCGGGAACUUGUUGAACGCGUGCACGUCCAUGUACAAGAGCAGCGGCGCCGCCGCCGCGGUGUUCGACAUCAUCGACAAGGGGAAGAACCCUCCGGCGGCGGCGAACGAUGCGACCCACGCGAGCGGCGAUGAGGACGCGGUGGAAUUCGACUCCGUGACGUUCGCUUACCCCGCGCGGCCGACGAAGGUGGUCUUGAACGGAUUUCGACUCGUCGCGCGCCCGGGGGCGCGCGUCGCGCUCGUCGGCGCUUCCGGCGCGGGGAAGUCCACCGUCUUCCACCUCUUGCAGCGGUUCUACGACCCCGACGACGGGAGGGUGUUACUCGACGGCGUGGACGUGCGGACGUUGAACCACGGGUGGUUACAUAAAGUCGUCGCGCUCGUCGGACAAGAGCCGGUGUUAUUCGCCGGCAGCGAAAAACAAAUGGAACGCGUCGUCGACGCCGACGUCGUCGCCGCCGCGACCGCCGGCAACGCCGCGGAGUUCAUCGACCAGCUCCCGCGCGGCUACCACACGCGCUGCGGUGAGCGCGGCGUCGCGCUGUCCGGCGGCCAGAAGCAGCGCAUCGCGAUCGCGCGGGCGAUUCUGAUGAACCCGUCCGUCCUGUUGCUCGACGAAGCCACGAGCGCGUUGGACCGCGCGAGCGAACGCGGCGUCCUGCGCGCGAUGGACGCCGCGAGCGCUGGGAGAACGACGCUAAUCAUCGCACAUCGCACGAGCACGGUGAUGGACGCGGAUGCCAUCUGCGUCCUGCGGGGGGGCGUCGUCGUCGAGGAAGGGACGCACGCGGCGUUGAUGUCGAGACGCGGGACGCCGCCGGCGGGGUCGUACGCGGAUCUUUCCUCGAGCCGCGGCGGCGGCGACGACGACGCGACGCCGCCGUGA